CGUCUGCUGGCUCAGUCGACAGGCAGCUGCGGGAGGGGGAGGGUGUGUGUCUCUGUUUCUCCUGACUCUGCCUGAUUUAACCCGUUACUGACCUUCGCGUUUGAAAAUUCGCAUACGUAACUAUGUAUCAGUUGAAGUGACUGUAGGGCGUGUGUGCCGAGGAUUUUUGGAGCGAAGUGCAAGGCGGAAGACAGUUUAUUGGCCAGUCUGUGUGUCUAUUUGCUUCUGUUCUUGGAUUCGCCUCCCACGCACAGCUGACCUGACCUCUGACCUCCCCCAGGCGUCGCCAUGAACGGGGAAGCGGUGCCCAGUUUUUCCUCCCCUGAGCAGGAGGCGGAGUACUGGAGGAAGAAGGCCACGGAGUACAAACAAAGCCUGGAGGAAACCCGUGAGGAGCUGGAGGAGUUUCAGAGUGGCAGCAGGGAACUGGAGGCGGAGCUGGAGGCACAGUUGGAGCAGACAGAAAGAAGGUGUUCGGAGUACCAGGCGCAGCUGAAUCGAGUAGCUGUAGAAAAUGAUUCCCUUAAGGAGCGUCUGGAGAGGCUACAAAAUGAGUUCAAUGGGCAAGUCAACACACUGCAGUCCGAGCUGGUGGACCUUAAGAGCAUCCAGGAGGACCUCACCCGCUACAUCAGGGAGCUGGAGCAGUCUAAUGAUGACCUGGAGCGAGCUAAAAGAGCUACAGUGACAUCCUUAGAGGACUUUGAGGCCAGACUGAACCUGGCCAUCGAGCGCAAUGCCUUCCUAGAGUCUGAACUGGACGAGAAGGAGGACCUCAAGGUGACGGUGCAGAGGCUGAAGGAUGAGGCCAGAGACCUGCGUCAGGAACUCAGCAUCAAGGACUGCCCCGAGCCUGACAAUGACAAGGCCCUCAUGAACCACCACAACCACCAGUCCACUUCACCCCAGAAGCUGCACAUCAAAACCCCUCCUAAGCUUGAUGUGGCACUCCCUGCAUCUCCAGCAGGAGGAGCAGGCAUGGACUCCAAUAAGCUGGUUUCCAAUGGUACCCAGCUGACAGAUACAGUCCCUGCCACCCCUGUUGUCAUAUCCUCGACCUUGCACAACAACAACAACAGCAAUAACAUGAGUAAUGGCAGUGUACCCAUGACUCCCUCAGCAAGAAUAUCCGCACUCAAUAUCGUGGGGGAUCUCCUAAGAAAAGUUGGGAUAAAAAUUCAGCAGAUAAACCGAGACUUGAAUAGGGUGAACUCAGUAUUCAGAGCAGCAGCCACCACCCCCACCAUCACCAUCCUCGCACCACCGUUACCCCCGCCUAGGCCUGCACCUCCUCCAGCCAGCCUCCCUCACCCCCAGGGAGGCCACCAGAGGACUCAGCGCGGCGCAGGUUUCCCCCUCCAGCAGCACCCCCCUGAAGAGCCUCCCCCCCAAGGACCCCCAUGGAGACUGUGGGGUGGGGGCAGGGUGGUGGAGGGAGACAGAUAGGAGACUCCAAGCCUCCAGCAAGCUGACGGGUGGAGGCUGCCGGGCUGCCUCCACCCACCACCACCGCCUCCAGCAGCCGCCGCCGCACUGCAGCAGCUUCCUCUACACCAACCCUCACCCACUCUCCAUCACGAAAAAGGAGUAUUUUUUCUGAAAACAACAGAUGUGGCCUGCUGCUCCCCCCGUGGAGGGAAACGGACAGACUAAUCUGGGUUUCAUCUGUGAAUAGUUAGGUUAGUUGAUCAUAAAUAUUAUAAAUAUAUAUAUAUAUAUAUUGUAUUGGAACCAUUGAGUGAGAGGUGACUCUCCGGAAGAGAAAGAAGAGGAGGAGAAGGAGGAGGAUGUGUGUUGUGAUCUAUCCCCAUUAUUUUGUUUCCAAUCAACUCAAGUGAUGUGGCUCUGUUGUGCACUCAAGAAUAGCAGAUGCAUUAGUGCUUGAAAAUCUACACUGCGCAUAACAUAAGUGGAAGUGAUAAGAAUGCAGCAUAGAAAAUAAAAAGGAAACAUUCAUCAAAGCAUCACCGCUGACUGCAACAUGUAUUCUUGGCUCUCUCACUUUGUAUAUAGUGGAGCAGCAUGAAUGAAACAACAUUGUAAAGACUUCCUUGUGUCCACCUUACUUCUUUUCCCUUUACUUUUCAAUUACUUCGUGGGUGAGACUGUGUGAAGCUAGGGGUGCUACAUUUAUAAACAUUAUUUAAUUCACACAACACAAUACCUUCAUGAACUGUCCUAGUGUCUUACAUGAACUAUCCUUCACUCUAUAAGAUCUGCUGCUCACCCCUCAGUGAUGUCUGUAUAUUAUGCAGCAUCACCUUUAUCCCACACUCUCUCUCUAAGUCUGCCUCACACCACAUGCUGCAUCAAGCAACUCGCAUUACCUCACGAGCUUCAUGACACCCAUAUACGUCUAUGUAGACAGGAGCCUGAGAGGAGAGACAAGGACGAGUGCCACGUCAGCCCAACACCUACCGCGCUGACCUACAAAGCCUUGCAGGACGCCAUCUCGCUUGACUCAUGUAAGGAAGUCAGUCGAGAAUCCCAAUGCCUUAUCUUCCACACUUCCUGUCCCUUCUUCAGUGUCACUGUAUAUACAGUAUGGCAGUCACAUUCUCAGGACAGAUUUAAAUUCUGAUUCCCCAGCUGUGGAAGCUCACCAGUCUCCUGGAGGACAACUAAGUAGACUUGUCAGUUAUUAUGAAAGGUCUGGUUGUAAUGCUCUCUGACCUCUCACUCAAGCCACAAGUUCUCUGGGGAUGAGAUGAGAGCUUGGAGACUCACAAGGGCAAGGUUGAGGGCAUCAGAUGGCUUAUUCUCCUGAUGAUCAAUCACCUUUUAGGUUUUGUGUCCUUCACUGUUUUUUAUAAUAUGCGUUUAAUGAAUAUAUUUUUUUUAGUCCUUGGUUGGAAAAAUAAAGUAUGUGCAUUGUCACAAAUUUUUUAUUUUGCUAUUUUGGGUGUAAUCUGGAAAGAGGACUCAAAAUCAUUACUGAAAAUUGUUUAAUUAGAAUGGUUUCAACAUUAAAAAAUUAAGCUUUAA